AUGGACGAGGUUGACGAUAUUUUAAUUAACAACCAGGUGGUGGAUGAUGAGGAGGAUGACGAAGAGAUGCUGAGUGGGCUGGAAAACGACUCCAAGCAGGACCUCGAGAGGAAUGAUGACGGUGGUGAGGAUGAAGAGGAUGAUGAUGAUGAUGACGAUGAUGAUGAUGAUGAAGACGACGAACAGGAAGAGGAAGAUGGUGAGGAUGAUGCCGCAAAAGCGGAUAAAACUGCUACGCCGAUGAAUGACCAGCAAGCAGACCAAAAACCUACCGCUGGCGACAGCGUUGAUUCUGUUACUAAGAUUGGAUCCGAGGAUGUGAAAUUGAUUGACGUUGAUGGAGGAGUGGGGUCACGGGAGGCUUCUUCCUCUACACACGAAGGCUCCACUAAUGGAGAGGUUUAUGAGUACUAUAAGCACAUGUUGCACGCUGCGCAGAUCGCGGAUUCGUACAAUAUCUACCCCACGGCAGCCAUACCCAUUCAGACGCACGUCAAUGCUCUGGCCGUGUCCAGGGGUCUUAAGUACCUGUUUCUGGGAGGUAGCGACGGAUAUAUCAGGAAGUACGACUUGCUGAAUACCCUUGAGGGGAAACUGUCUCUAACGAUCCUGCAGAAACAUUCGUUGGCUGAGUCUAUUCAGAAUGCGGGUAUCUUGCAGUCGUACUGGGAAAACGAGAUCCCGCAGAAAAGAUCAGAAAUGAAACUUUCCGCCAAUAAAACGGAUUACGAGCCUAAAGUAAGUCCCGUUCACUCUCUAGAGGUCCAGAGCGAGUGCCUCUUUAUACUUAGCGGGUUACAGAAUGGUGGGAUUACCAUGCAGGGUGUUCGCUACAUGGAGGGAAGCAUUGCGCACUAUUUCAAGGGCAGGAAUGGACACAAUCAAAUUGUCAAUAUAUUAAGGUUAAACGGUCAAGAGGACAGGUUUCUGAGUGGUUCCUGGGACAAACGUCUUUUGGAAUGGGACUUGCAAACGGGUGACAUAGUUAAUGAAUUUAAAAAAUCGAGAUCUGAAUUGUCAUCCUUGGAAAUGCGCCCGCUUUAUUCCUCUGUGGAUGUGUCCAGUAACGUUAAUAGCGGUAAAGAGAAUGGAAAUGUAGAUGAUGACAUGGACUCUCUGUUUGGCGACGAAGACGAAGAUGAAAAGCAAGAUGUUGGCAAGGAACCCGUUGAUACGGGUGAUAGUUCUCGUGGUGAAGAAAACAAAGAACAGAUAUCCCAAGAAUCUUUGAAUAUAGUCUAUGACGAAUCUGUUUUUAUGACCUCGGGAUUGAAUGGUUCCAUGUAUAUUUGGGAUCGACGCAUGACGCAGUCGCCAGCGUUGUCUCUGGAAAGAGGUCCGGGCGUCCCACCGUGGUGUCUGUCCGCAUGUUGGAGUGUAGAUGGUGAUCAUGUGUAUGCAGGGAGAAGAAAUGCUUGUGUGGAACAGUUUGACUUGAAAAUGCCCUCGAAACCUAUCCAUAAUUUGAAAUUACCGUCCAUUUCAGGACCUGUUUCCUGCGUUAAAGCCAUGCCUAAUAACAAACAUUUACUGUGUGCAUCGAGGGAUAAUAUCAGAUUGUACAACGUCGAAGUUGCAGUGGCUGUUUCGAAUCCGACUACAAAGAGUUCUAAAGUGCCGUUCCUCAUCGUUCCGGGCCAUCAUGGUGGUAUCAUAUCGAAUUUAUACCUCGACCCAACUUCAAGAUUUAUAAUAAGUACAAGUGGCAAUAGAGGCUGGCAGGGAAAUUCCACGGACACGACCCUUAUUUACGAUGUAGACUUAGAAUAG